AUGAGUGAUCAUCAAAAACAAGCACAACGUCUCAUUUUUUCAGUGUUGAUCUCGAGUUAUUGCUUGUGUUUUAUUGCUGUGGACAGAUAUCGUAACAUAGUGACGCCAACGAAAGAGCCAUGGACAGUUCGUCAUGCACAGAUUCUUAUGGCCACAUCAUGGCUUCUUUCGGUUACCGUUUCAUCACCACUUUUCAUCACACAUCGUCUCCAACCGUUAGCGCUCGAAAACGCAACUCUGUGUGGACAUGUAAGAUAG